CUGCUGCAGCAGGGAGGACGCUCAGCCCAGCCAGCGCUGCUCCCCCCUUGCUCAGCUGACAGCGGCUGGGGGCAUUGCCACCGCCUGAGCGCUCGCUGCUGGCGGCGCCAGCCCUUCGCUGCGCUCUAGCGCCCGGCGGGGUCCUGCGGGAGCGCGAGCCGCGGCCCGCCCGAGAGAGUCCGGGAGCGGCGCGAGCCGCGGUAACCGCCCCCCUCUCCCCGGGGGACCCGCGCGAGACCUGCCGCUGGGGAUGGAGACGCCGCUGCUGUGACCAGCGGCAGGAGCGCGAGAGCGCGGCCCGGCCCCCGCGCGCCGGGGCUAGCGCAGAGCAGCAGCAGCGGCGGCGGCAGCGGCUACAGCAGCAGCAGCAGGGAUGAGCGGGAGCGCUGCCCCCGGGCCCGGCUCGGCCCCCUGCCGCUUCGCUCACUACUUCGUGGUGUGCGGGACCGACGCGGACAGCGGGCUGGAGCCCGACGAACUGGCCGUCUUAUACCAGUGGCUAGAAGCAGAUCGCCAUGGCAAGAGCUCAGAUACCGCAAACAGAACCUCAGGAGAAAACUUUGACCAGAGCCCCUUAAGAAGAACUUUCAAGUCCAAAGUUCUGGCACACUAUCCUCAGAAUAUAGAGUGGAACCCCUUUGAUCAAGAUGCAGUGAACAUGCUGUGUAUGCCUAAAGGGCUAUCUUUCAGGACCCAGAUUGACAACAGAGACCCGCAGUUCCACUCAUUUAUAAUCACCAGGGAAGAUGGUUCUCGUACUUAUGGAUUUGUGCUCACUUUCUACGAGGAGGUCACAAGCAAGCAAAUUUGUACAGCCAUGCAGACGCUUUACCAAAUGCACAAUGCAGAGCAAUACAGCAGCGUCUAUGCCUCCUCUUCUUGCAGCAUGGACUCCCUGGCAAGCAGCAUUGAUGAAGGAGAUGCCACUUCCCUGGCCAAGCUCCAGCAGUACAACUCGUAUGAUAUUAGCAGAGACACAUUAUACGUAUCCAAAUGUAUAUGUCUCAUCACUCCUUUGCCCUUCAUGCAGGCCUGCAAGAAGUUCCUUAUCCAGCUUUACAAGGCAGUUACCUCUCAGCAACCCCCACCUUUACCGCUGGAGAGCUAUAUCCAUAACAUUCUUUACGAAGUGCCCCUUCCACCCCCAGGGAGGUCGCUGAAGUUCUAUGGGGUUUAUGAGCCUAUCAUUUGCCAGAGACCUGGACCCAGUGAACUUCCGCUGUCUGACUACCCUCUUCGAGAAGCCUUUGAGCUGCUGGGAUUGGAAAACCUUGUCCAAGUUUUUACGUGUGUUCUCCUGGAGAUGCAGAUUCUUCUGUAUUCACAAGAUUAUCAGCGUCUGAUGACAGUAGCAGAGGGGAUCACCACACUGCUGUUCCCAUUUCAGUGGCAACAUGUAUAUGUUCCAAUUCUUCCUGCCUCUCUCCUGCAUUUUCUUGAUGCUCCUGUCCCUUACCUGAUGGGUCUUCAGUCCAAAGAGGGAACUGACCGUUCCAAGCUAGAACUUCCUCAAGAGGCUAACUUGUGCUUUGUGGAUAUUGAUAAUCAUUUCAUAGAGCUGCCAGAGGAAUUUCCCCAGUUCCCGAACAAACUGGAGUUUAUUCAGGAAAUCUCUGAGGUUCUCCUUCAGUUUGGAAUCCCUCCGGAGGGUAACCUGCACUGCAGUGAGAGUGCCACCAAACUCAAGAAUCUUGUCCUUAAUGACUUGGUCAAUGACAAGAAGAACGGAAAUAUACCCAGUAACACCAUCAACAUGUAUGAGUUGCUAAAAGGCAAUGAAACCAUCGCCCGUCUGCAGGCUCUAGCAAAGAGGACGGGAGUGACGGUAGAAAAAAUGACCAUCACAGCUCCUAUGGCAGAGAAGGAAAGGGACGUAAAACUGCAGUGCGAAGAAGAGGAGCUGAGGGACUAUAAACUAAAUGUGCAGCUUCGUGAGGUCUUUGCCAACCGCUUCACUCAGAUGUUCGCAGAUUAUGAGUCCUUCGUCAUUCAAGCCGCACAGGAUAUGGAGUCAUGGCUGACAAACAGGGAACAGAUGCAAAACUUUGACAAAGCUUCUUUUCUGUCGGACCAGCCUGAGCCUUACCUGCCAUUCCUCUCACACUUCAUUGAAACCCAGAUGUUUGCAACCUUCAUAGAUAAUAAGAUUAUGUCCCAGUGGGAAGAGAAGGACGCGUUUCUGCGGGUGUUUGACUCCAGAAUUGAGAAAAUUAGACUGUAUAACGUAAGGGCUCCUGCACUGCGGACAUCUAUAUACCAGAAAUGCAGCACUUUAAAAGAAGCAGGUCGGCUAUCUAUCCAACGGCUUAUUUCUGUUGAUAUUGUGGCACCGGAACCUCAUGUUCUCUAUCGUGAAAGGCAGCAAGAUGAUACCCAAUCCAUUGAACAGCGGCUAAUUAAGAUUGAUCACACUGCCAUCCACCCACACUUACUUGAUAUGAAGAUCGGUCAAGGCAAAUACGAACAAGGGUUCUUCCCAAAGUUGCAAUCAGAUGUGCUGGCGACAGGACCUACCAAUAACAAUCGGUGGGCCAGUCGAAGUGCCACAACACAGCGCAGGAAAGAUCGCCUUAGACAACAUUCAGAACAUAUUGGACUGGACAAUGAUUUAAGAGAGAAAUACAUGCAGGAGGCAAGGAGUUUGGGGAAAAAUUUAAGGCAACCCAAACUCUCAGACCUUUCUCCAGCCGUAAUUGCCCAGACAAACUGGAAAUUUGUGGAAGGGUUACUGAAGGAAUGUCGCAUGAAGACUAAACGUAUGUUGGUAGAGAAGAUGGGCCGUGAAGCAGUAGAGCUGGGACAUGGAGAGGCCAACAUAACAGGUCUGGAGGAAAAUACAUUGAUUGCUAGUCUUUGUGACCUGUUGGAAAGGAUCUGGAGCCAUGGUCUACAAGUCAAACAGGGGAAAUCUGCUUUGUGGUCCCAUUUGUUUCAGUACCAGGAAAGAGAAGAGAAGCAAGAACAUAUGGCAGAGUCCCCGGUUGCCCUGGGCCUGGAAAGAAGGAAGUCUGACACAGGAAUUACAUUACCUACACUGAGAGUCUCACUUAUUCAUGAUAUGAGGCAUAUUCAGAACAUGAGUGAGAUAAAGACUGAUGUGGGUCGAGCUCGAGCAUGGAUAAGGUUGUCUCUUGAAAAGAAGCUUUUGUCUCAGCACCUAAAGCAGCUUCUCUCUAACCAAGCACUCGCUAAGAAACUUUAUAAACGUUAUGCUUUCUUACGCUGUGAAGAAGAACGAGAGCAGUUCCUCUACCACCUUCUUUCACUCAAUGCUGUGGAUUACUUCUGCUUCACAAGUGUCUUCACCACAAUCAUGAUUCCAUACAGGACUGUGAUAAUCCCAAUAAAAAAACUAAGCAAUGCAAUCACCACAUCAAACCCAUGGAUUUGUGUUUCAGGAGAACUAGGAGAUACGGGAGUAAUGCAGAUUCCUAAAAAUCUUCUAGAAAUGACAUUUGAGUGCCAGAAUUUAGGAAAGCUAACAACUGUUCAGAUUGGUCACGACAACUCAGGAUUAUUAGCCAAGUGGCUGGUAGAUUGCGUCAUGGUGAGAAGUGAAAUCACAGGACACACUUACAAGUUCCCAUGUGGACGAUGGCUGGGGAAGGGAGUUGAUGAUGGCAGUCUGGAGAGAAUUCUUAUUGGAGAACUGAUAACUUCAACAUCAGAUGAAGAUCUUGGGAAGCAGUGCCGUACCCCGCCUCAACAGAAAUCCCCAACCACAGCUCGCAGACUGAGUAUCACCUCCCUUACAGGAAAAAAUACAAAACCUAAUGCAGGGCAGAUCCAAGAAGGAAUUGGGGAAGCUGUGAACAAUAUUGUGAAACAUUUUCACAAGCCAGAGAAAGAGAGAGGCAGUCUUACCAUUCUGCUAUGUGGUGAAAAUGGCCUGGUUGCAGCACUGGAGCAGGUCUUCCACCAUGGAUUCAAAUCAGCUCGGAUUUUCCACAAGAAUGUAUUCAUCUGGGAUUUCAUAGAGAAAGCUGUUGCUUACUUUGAAACCACUGACCAGUUUGGGGACAACGAAGAGGACGUCUUGCUUCAGAGAUCAUCCUGCAAAACUUUCUGUCACUAUGUAAAUGCGAUCAGUACUGCACCAAGGAACAUCGGGAAGGAUGGCAAAUUCCAAAUCCUGGUUUGCCUGGGGACUAGGGAUCACUUCCUUCCUCAAUGGAUUCCAUUGCUAGCAGAGUGUCCUGCCAUCACAAGGAUGUAUGAGGAGAACGCCCUUCUGCGGGACCGCAUGACAGUGAAUUCCCUCCUCAGAGUCCUACAGACAUUACAAGAUUUCAACAUCAUCCUAGAAGGGUCACUCAUUAAAGGAGUGGAUGUUUAGCAUGGCUUUGAUGAGAACUUCAUUAUUUCUCUGCUAAGCAAGCAAACAAAAAUUGAGGACCUGUUAGAACUUGAAUGCUGCGGUAGUGCAUCACUGUAAAGCGGAGCACCCUGUUAUCGGGUGGGAGUGGGAAACCCAGUUUGCACCAGAUUCAGGACUGUUCUUAAAGCUGCAGACAAGCUAAAAUGCGGUAUUGUAGUUUAUUUGAAUCAGAAUAAAAUAGAGUAUUUUCAUGUGUUA